AUGACGACCAGGACGAAGAAGUUGAUGCAACUCGGGGUCCACAACACCCUGAGCGAAGUCGUCGAAGCACAGAAAACGGCACAGAUCGUUCACCUCUCUACCACCAAGGCCGGCCGCCGAAUACUCGAGAUGGCGGGUCUGGCAGCCAUGGCCGAAGAGUCGUGCGCCGUCUCGCUUUGCCAGAGUGAAAGGGAAACCUUUCGAGUCUCCCCCUUCCCGAGGAAUAUCUUCACGGACGCCAGGUCGGCGGCGAUGACCUUUCUCGCCGGCUCGGUCUCGGUCGAGGCUGCGGCGGUGCUGAGAACCCGCAAGACUGGCACGGCCCGUCAUGUCAUCACUUGGUUCGCGGCUCACAUGGGCCGGAACUUUUCACCCGGCUCGAUCAACCCUAAUGAGCUGGCCCACGACCAGGCGCGAGGUGUGGGCGUUGGCAUCGUGAUAUGCAUGCUGCAAGUCCUCAUCAGCAUGUACUUCGAGCGGUACCGGGGCGCGGCCAACGGCAUCAUGUACACCGGCUCCACCGCCUCUGCUCUGAUCUUCCCUCGUUUGCUGCUUUAUUUUAGCGACACCUUCGGCUUCCGAGGACGCCUAAUGCUUUUUGGUGCUAUCUUAAUGAACAUGAUAGCCGUGAGUCUCGCCUUUCGGGAACCGCCGUGGAUCCGGAUUGACAGAAUCAAGAGGAGAAAGGUCAUGGAGGCCCCACGGCGGCCGUCAACCGUCCCAGCGAACUCAAAGAACGGGUCAUCAAAGGCUUCCAUCAUCAAGGCCGUGCUGCUAAACCUUCGCGGAGUGCUUAAGUGCAUCAUAACGUACGUGCUUGUCGUCACGUGGAUAGUGUUCUGCUACAACUACGACAUUUUCUUCUCCACGAUUGUGGACUUCGCUAUGGACAAGGGGGUGUCCCUCAAGGACGCCGUGUCUUUCAUCACGUACACCUCUGUCACGGAUGUUGUGGGGAGGGUUUUCGUCCCAAUUUUGGCCGACCGCGGGAUGCUGCAGCGGUCGACGUUAAUGACUGCAAAUUAUUUUCUCCUGGGCGUGUGCAUUGUGUCAUUGCCAUUCUGCGAGUCCUAUUGGGCUCUGCUCACGGGGUGCCUGGGCGUCGCCCUAUUCCUCGGCUGUGCCAUUACCAUGCAGAGUGUUCUGAUGGCGCAGUAUUUGGGAAUCGAAAAACUUGCCCUGGGCUUUAGCGUCGUCGGCGCUAUUUGCGGACCAGCACUCUUAGGAAAGGCCCCGUUGAUAGGGUUCUUCAGAGAUGACCUAGGCUCGUACAACAAGUUGUUCUGGGUCCUUGGCAGCUUGAACUUCUUCGUCGCCAUUCAAUGGGCGUUGGUGUCCUUGGUCGACACGAAGAGAACACACAAGUGGCAGCCGGAUACUGUGUAA